CUAUUAUGGGUCUAAUACCUUAAUAUCAAAAAGGAAGUUAAUCAUUACACGAGGUCGUUGUUUACAUAACCUCGUUUUGCACUAUUCAGGACAGGUUGAAAUAUAAAACAUGAAAGAAGCUAUGCACUGAUUAGCUUUAUUUGGUUGAGUGCUGUAACAUUUGUUUUGGUAUCCACAACUGUCACGAUACACAGUGUUGGCAGUUUGCGAGAUACCGGGUCUGUCCGAUGUGGUUCUAAGGUCACGUUUAUCUGUUUCAUCCCAACAUAUAAGUACACAAUGACCUGGUUAAUAGACUCUGGUAAAGCAGCAGAAUGCAUAACAACCAACUGUGUUCAAUACCCGCCAUACGUAAUUGAAAAUAUUGAAUUUUCCACUGACACAACCAAUGGAGUAUUCAACAUGACAAUCAAUCCAGUUACAUUUAAAGCUGAUGGACGUGUUAUAAAAUGUGAAGAUGGUUCGGAUACUGUACAUGUUAUACUGGCAGUGAAAGUUUUUCCUAAACAAAUCACAACAACAAUAUCCGAAUCAAAAAUUGACAGCCACGAUAUGAUCAAUAUAACUGCGAUGUCCGGAUGUGUAUUUCCUAGUUCAGCAAUAAGUUUGCAAUGGUAUUAUUAUGAGGCAGGCGAAGCACCUAAGCUUUACAAGAUGAGUUUACCAACUGUUAGUGUUUUACCUGUAUGCAAAUCUGGAACUUGCGGCGGAGAUGGAGUAGUUCAGAUGUCAAGCACACUUUCUAUACUGGAGGUACAGACUGGCAGAGAAUAUUAUUUUCAAAUUGCAAUCAAUCAUGAAGAUGCUGACAGUAAAGACAUCGUUUUGGUGAACUCAACUAGAAGUUACAAAAUAAAACAAAUUCCUUCCAAGAUCGCCCAGGCAACGGAACUACCAGUCACCGGUAUAGUAGUGGGAGCACUUGCAGCAUUUCUAGUCAUGGUUAGUGUGAUCAUAGUGGUGGUAUUUACAGUUAGGAGAAGUCUGCCUACUUUAAGAAGGAAUUUGCUGUCUGCCGAUUCCACAACCAAUUGUAUGGAACCUGCCAUUGACAAUGUAGAAAGAAAAGAGGAAGGAAGUGCCAAACCUGCAUUAAAAUAUGAUAGACAAGCAUCAG